AUGUCAUCAGACUACUUUUGGUUUGAAGAAAUGCCUUUUCCUGCCAUGGGGUAUAAUGCAGAAAUCAUUGGCAAGAUUCUUUAUAGUUUUGUUUUGAGAGAAGACACAUCAGUCAAACUCUCUUAUCCUAAGUCAGGAACAAACUGGCUUAUUCAGAUUGUCUGCUUGAUUGAAACCAAGGGAGAUCCCAAGUGGAUCCAAUCUAUGCCCAUUUGGGAAUGCUCACCCUGGAUAGACACUGGAACAGGAUAUUCCAUGUUAAGCAAUAAGGAAGGACCACGACUCAUAAGCUCUCACCUUCCCAUCUAUCUUUUUCACAAGUCUCUCUUCAGUUCCACGAACAAGAUUAUCUAUGUCUUCAGAGAUCCCAGAGAUGUUCUUGGGUCUGGUUAUCAUUUUGGGGGUAAGACAAACCUUGUGAAGAAUCCAGAGUCACUGGAAACUUAUUUUGAAUGGUUCCUUAAAGAAAAUGGUCAGUGUCCUGACACCAGAGCAACCAUAAAGAAGAUCUGCAAAUUCCUAGGAAAGAAACUAGAGCCCAAUGAGACAGAUCUGGUCCUUAAGUACAGCUCCUUCCAAGCCAUGAAAGAAAGCAAGACGUGUGAUUUUAAUAUCCGCACAAAAGAUAUAAUUACUAGUGGUUUGCAGAUGUUUAGGAAAGGUAAACAAUUUCAGAAUAUGUCAGAUCAUGUGGAGGUCUUCUGCCAAUUGGAAUAUAUCAGCAGUGAUUGCUCAGCAUUCAUUGUUUUUUCAUAA